UAAAUCGCAAGCCCCUGCCCAUCCUAAAUCCCUCUCAUCACUCUUGACUUUCUUCAAAAACACUUCAGAAACCAUUCUCUAAGUUUCUAACACAAACUUCGCUGGAUCGACACAAUCCUUCACGCCAACAGGGAUCUUCUGAAUCUUAAAAUUCCUUUAAUUGCAACUUCUCUUUCGGUACAAGUUAUGGAUGUUUCAACUAAGAAAUCCAGUGAUGAGCUGGAUGUUCCCACAUUCAGUGCUGAAAAUUUGCAAAGCAACAUGAAGAUUAUCUACUACAGCCGCACCUUCCUGUCAAUAGUUGCUGGAGUCAUAGCUGGAGUUUUGGGAUUCACUAGCCUGACCGGCUUUGUCUUUUACUUUCUCAUCAUGGCAGUUACUUCUGUGGGACUUGCAGCUAAGGCAAAGUUUAACGUACAUGCAUACUUUGAUUCUUGGAACCGCGUCACUCUUGAUGGCUUCUUGAGCGGGUUAAUGUCCUUUGUGCUGUUCUGGACAUUUGCGUAUGACAUUGUGCAUAUAUUUUAGUUGAAGAGGAGCUGCAACAUGUCGGAGAGCGUGAACUGAAUCAUAGGGAGAUUGAGACAACUGCUGUGAACUCUAUUACAGCUCUGAUUAACAUUGUUUUAGAAAAAAGCAAGGUUCUCAAAUGUUCAUUCUCAGAUUUUGUUAUUUCUUUUUCCUUUCCAGAUAUCCAAUAUUGUAGAUUAAAUUGAAUGCUGAAACAUUGAGAGUAGUGCAUAAUUUCAGAAUUUUGCACAGUUGUUUUGAGUUUGCGAAAACCUUCGAAUUCUUUUCUGGAUAGUUUUUUCUAGUUAGGUCACUAGUCAGAAAGACCAUGCUCAAUAUAUUUAUCUUUUUGGUAGCA